AUUCCUCAUAGGUGCGAGUGCAAAGAUGGCGGAAGAGGAGAGCCAGUUUGAAGAAUUUGAGCAAAUAGACUUUUUAAGAGAUCGACAUGUACGGUUCUUCCAGAGAACUCUUCAAGUGUUACCUGAGAGAUACGCCUCGCUGGAAACAACCAGGUUAACUAUCAUCUUUUUCGCUCUGUCUGGUCUCGAUGUGCUGGACGCUCUGGAUGUAAUUGACAGAAACGUUAUGAUUGAGUGGAUCUACUCGCUACAGGUUCUGCCCACAGAGGAUCAGUCUAACCUAAGUCGUUGUGGGUUUCGAGGAUCGUCACAUAUUGGAAUUCCUUACAGCACUAAGGGUCCAGGUGUGCUCCAUCCGUAUGACAGUGGCCAUGUAGCCAUGACCUACACUGGGCUAUGCUCGCUGCUGAUACUGGGAGACGAUUUGAGCCGGGUUAACAAACAAGCCUGCCUGGCUGGUCUCAGAGCACUGCAGCUGGAGGACGGCAGUUUCUAUGCAGUGCCAGAAGGAAGUGAAAAUGAUAUACGGUUUAUCUACUGUGCAGCCAGUAUCUGUUACAUGCUGGAUGACUGGUCAGGCAUGGACAUCCAAAAGGCCAUCGAGUACAUCAGGGGAAGUUUGUCAUACGACAAUGGGUUUGGCCAGGGAGCUGGGCGAGAGUCACAUGGUGGCUGGACGUACUGCGCCAUAGCUUCUCUGUGUCUGAUGGGUCGACUGGAGGAGGCGCUGAGUCAGCGGGAGCUGGACAGGAUCCGGCGCUGGUGUAUCAUGAGGCAGCAGACCGGCUUCCACGGGCGCCCAAACAAACCUGUAGACACAUGCUACUCCUUUUGGGUGGGAGCUACACUAGAGCUGUUAGAUGUGUUCCAGUAUACAAACUUUGACAAGAACAGGAGUUUCAUCCUGUCCACGCAGGAUCGGUUGGUGGGGGGAUUCGCCAAGUGGCCGGACAGCCAUCCAGACCCUCUCCAUGCCUACUUAGGGCUGUGUGGUCUGUCUCUGAUCGGAGAGCCCAAUCUGAGGAAGGUCCACCCAGCUCUUAACAUCACCCAGAGAGCCUUUGAGCACCUCCAGCAGCUGCAGCAGACGUGGAGGGACAGCACCGGCAGGUGCAGCAGGCAGCACUGACAGCAGGAUGAUCCACGGCUCUGUCUCUGAACAGGUUCAGGGAUCAGGAGCAUCUCUCCUGAAGACGUUUGGCCACUCAUCUGAGACGCCUCCUCAUUUCAGGAAUCAGGAAGGUUUUAUUUGUUUUUUUUCCAGUUACACAUUAGUAACUUUGUGGAGGUCAUUUUAAGUCCCAUCUAAAGUGACUUUUCUGUUAAGCAAUACAUGCCACACUUUCUUGCUGCCUUUUUAUUAGUAGACUAGUUAAAAACAAUGUGCAUUGUGGUCUGUGGGAAUAAGAAUAUGUGCCAGAAAGUUGAGUCACUGGAGACGUGAAAAAGAUUCCGGAUGCCUCAAUUUUGCGACCUUUUUAGAUAAUGAUGGUUUGGAAGCGUCCUGCUCCUCAGACUCAUCUUAAUGGUCAACAACACACUCUGUUAAACUGUAAACUGUCCUUGCCAAGGAUGAACACUACUGACUGACUUCACAUGGACAUAAGAAACAUCCUUAAAGUAAACCUCACAAUCUGAGAGGGGAGCGCCCCCAAGGAGGGCUCAGGGAACAUCUAAAUUGUGUCUUGAAAGGGUUCUGGAGUAACUGGUGGCUUCAGUAGCUGAAGCUUUUUGAGUAUUAUAACAUAUACGUUCCUUACUGUUGUUCACAAACAAGUAUGGGCCCUGUGGUAAUUUUGAGGGGAGAGUUGGAAAUUGUUGAGACAAAUUCAAGUUUCCUUUUUAGAUUUACAUUCUUCACUCCCAAGUUAUAUCCUCUCUAUGCAGUAUUUUUUUGUCUCCCCCCUCCUAACAUGUCCGUCCUCUUGUUGCUCUUGAACCUCUUCAAAGCCUCGAGCUCUCCAGUCCCAGUGGUGAUACCAGCCUGGCAGGUAAACUUACCCAAGUCUAUGACUGGGGGGGGGGGGAAUCAAAAUACUUGUUGAAGAAAGAUUAAAAAAUUGAGUUUAGCUACAGGCCUCAUCUCUUCAGAAUGAAGUUUAUUCACAUUUUUCCAAAGGCUAACUGAAAAAUAGAUCGAGCCUCUUAAGGGAGUUUAGUAAAUAAGGGAGAAUUCCCUUUUUUCUGCAAGAGAGUAGAUGUCUGUUUCAGCCGCAGAUCCCAUCUGGACACCCCCAGACUCCUGAACCCUGAACUGAUCUGAGCUACACCCCUUCACCAGCUUCCGUACUCGCUGCAAGCCUCUAGCCAGCCUGAAAUCGAUAGGAGAAAGAUGAGCUAUCAUAACCUGGGGAAAGGUAUUAUUUUGAACAGCACUGGGAAUUGACUUAUUUUCAGAACAAACAAUGCAGGGCAAAAAACAAAGAACAAUGAGCAGGAUGUGCCUCCGAGUGUCAGGUUAUGGAAACAACUGUUUCCCAUUGUGCUGGUCACUUUGUCCUAAAAGCCUUAAACAAGGUUUCAAUCCUACCAUCUACCGCUGGACUCCUCACUAAACCACUACCAACGCACAGAUGUUUAUCCAGCCUUAUUGCCCUGAAAUUUUUGUGUUGAGCUCAGCCGGUUCCUGUUACUUUCACGCCACUGCUCUGAUUCCCAGCGAAGCAACAUUUCCAGCUUCACAGGUUCCUCCAGCCCCCCCUGCUGAAGCCACACCCUUUCAUUAUAGGACCGCUGUCACAGCAGACACCUGCUCCCUGAGAUGACGAGUGAGGAAGAGACAAUCUCACAGCAGGUCAGAAAUAGAGUAGCCUGUCUGCAGCAUGUUACCUGCGGGAGUCUACUGUGUGUAGCAGCAGUUCUGAGUGGAUAUAAAAUAUACUGCCUCUGUAGUUUUCCUCCCACCUUCUAAAAUGAAGCUGCCCAUGUCUACCUUCCUGACAAGUUGCCCUCUUUUUUUUUUUUCCCCUAGAUUUAGACAGAGCAGGCAGACAGAGGGGAGGAGAGGUGAGGUGAAUAAAUAAAUCAUUUCUCCAUCUAUUAUUAAAAGUGAACUGUCGGAGCCUGGAAUCUCCUCACUGAACCCAGACCAACCCCCCAGUGUUAUAUAGCCUUGUUUUGGUGCAAAAAUAUUGCUUUUUAGCAAACUGCUUCCUACAGAGCUGUAAUGUUUUAUGUUGCUGUUUUACCUAAGACACAGUUUUGCUACAGUUGCUCUUACUGAUCUUGCCGUCAUCUUUUAUGCCAUUUUUUUAAAAUAAACAUUUAGUUCGUUACCACAGAAUAUUUUAAAUAUUUUCAAUUUUGUGAAAUGACUUUCAUUGUCGCUGCUGAUUUGAGCCUCAGACAAACAAAAUGUUGUAAUACAAGCUCAAAAAAAUUUUGCUUUUGCAUAAUCUACCCUAUAAUAUUCUGGUAUUAAACCUUUUUGUUACUUGUCCUAAAAAGAAAAGGACCAUGUCUCCCAUGCAUCCUCUGAAGUGACUUCAGUCUGGGUUAUGUCCUUAGCGUACAAAAUCCAAGUCACACAGCAAGAUCCACUCACUCAAACUUGAUUCUGAAAUGUGCCUCACGUAGCAUUGUUCUGGGUCACACUCUACAUGUACAGCAUGCUUAAAUUGGGCUUAGCCUGGCUGUUUCUGUCAAGAAAGGCGCUUAAUAUAAGUGUUCUCUUGAGAAGAUGGAGGAAAGGUGUAUAAUACAUCCUGGUAAACAUUCAGGAAGUGGCACACCUACUCUGUAAAAUUUUUGUCCUCCUCCCAUCUUUGCAGAGGUCACUUAUCCAAUCAGACAUGAGCUGACUGGUAGAAGCCGUUUUACCAGAAUCUCUGUCCCUUCGCGACUGAUGGAUAGUUUUAUUUCCAGACGGGGAGGGAAGAAUUCAUAAAUGCUUACUCGACUUUAAAAAGUAAGAAGGCUUGGAUGAAUGGAUCUGUCACUUACUGCGGAUGAAGGCAGUUGUUAUAUUGCAUCUGCUUUUUGUUACAUCACGCUGCAGUCGCUGCCCUCAGUCCCGCAGCAUGAAAAGAGGGGACCGAGGCUUUGCGCUUUUAAGACGGCUGCAGGGAAAGCUGUAUUUGGACGGCCAGGAAAUGUGAAAGUCUUUUGAGAUGCAGCCAAAUGUCACACAUGGUAUAUAGUGAAAUCCUGCUUUAUCUUCAACUAAUAUACAUACUGUAAUAAUAAAUAAUGUAACAAUAAAUGUAAUGGAAUUUAUUUUUUCUAUGCUUUGUAGGGAUAUUGAGUGUAGAUAAAUAUGUAAAUGACUAUAAAUAUGUGACUUCUAUUGUGCAAGUGCUCAAUAUGAAAAAAUGUUUACAGCUACAUCAGUGAGACGGUUAGAGGAACUGGAUAUGUGAUGUUGAUUCAAGCUUGGCGGUGCAUACUGUAUUUAUGGUGAAUAAAAACAUGUACUAACUUUUA